AAUGACAAAGAACAAGCAUACCUGGCGGCAAACUUCCGUGUGAAAACGACCAUUGACAUGUACGGCAGCGGCCACCCGGCCACCUGGACCGGCCUCAUCCUGCUGGCGUCCACGUACAUCAACCUACGGGACUACAGCAAGGCUGGCUCUUGUCUUUCCAAGAUCCAGGCGUCUUUACUUGAUCAAGAUAUCAAGUGUCCCUUGGAGCUCGGUGCGGAGCUGUCCCGUGUCUAUGGCCUCAUAGCAGAAGGUCAAGGCUGUCUGGAUGACGCCUUGACAGAGUUCUCGGAAGAGGUGUACAGCAACAGCAAGGUGCACGGUACCCACGGCUGGAAGACGGCGGGCAGCUACUGGCGACUGGGGCGGACCUUCUUGCACAAAGGUUUGCACGACGUGGCAGAUUCCAUGUACAG